CUGUGUCCGCGGCAGAGUCCGAUCCCAGUGUGUGGUUUACACGCUACUCGAACGGCGCGUGCGCAGUGGGACGGCGGAGGGAUUUGAGACCGAGACCCACCCCCCUGCUCCCGUCGCGAGCCGAGGCCGCGCGGGUUCGGAAGCAGCGGCCUGGUUCGCGCGCUGGGCGGGCGACCGAGGGAGACUGGCGCGGACGCCGCUGGAGUCGAAGCCGGAACAGGAGUCCUUGUUGCUGAGGGGUUGCCGCAGCCGCCGCGAGCCCCAGGACCAACGCCAGGUCGAGGAGGGCGCCGCGCGGCGGAUUUGGCAAUAUGACCCAGUUCCUGCCGCCCAACCUUCUGGCCCUCUUUGCCCCCCGUGACCCUAUCCCAUAUCUGCCACCCCUGGAGAAGCUACCACAUGAAAAACACCACAAUCAACCUUACUGUGGCAUUGCACCAUACAUCCGAGAGUUUGAGGACCCUAGAGAUGCCCCUCCUCCAACUCGUGCAGAAACCCGGGAAGAACGCAUGGAGAGGAAGAGAAGGGAAAAGAUUGAGCGGCGACAGCAGGAAGUGGAGACAGAGCUAAAAAUGUGGGACCCUCACAAUGAUCCCAAUGCUCAGGGUGAUGCCUUCAAGACUCUCUUCGUGGCUAGAGUGAACUAUGACACAACAGAAUCCAAGCUUCGGAGAGAGUUUGAGGUGUAUGGACCCAUCAAAAGAAUACACAUGGUCUACAGUAAGCGGUCAGGAAAGCCCAGAGGCUAUGCCUUCAUUGAGUAUGAGCAUGAGCGAGACAUGCAUUCCGCUUACAAACACGCAGAUGGCAAGAAGAUUGAUGGCAGGAGAGUCCUUGUGGAUGUGGAGAGGGGCCGAACUGUGAAGGGCUGGAGGCCCCGGCGGCUAGGAGGUGGCCUGGGUGGCACCCGAAGAGGUGGGGCUGACGUGAAUAUCCGGCAUUCAGGCCGUGACGACACAUCCCGCUAUGAUGAGAGGCCCGGCCCCUCCCCGCUUCCCCACAGGGACCGAGACCGGGACCGUGAGCGGGAGCGAAGAGAGCGGAGCCGGGAGCGAGACAAGGAACGGGAACGGCGACGCUCCCGCUCUCGGGACCGGCGGAGGCGUUCGCGGAGCCGAGACAAAGAUGAGCGGCGGCGCUCCAGGGAGCGGAGCAAGGACAAGGACCGGGAUCGAAAACGGCGUAGCAGCCGGAGCCGGGAGCGGGCACGCCGGGAGCGCGAGCGCAAGGAGGAGCUGCGUGGUGGAGGUGGUGGUGGUGGUGGCGGCGGUGGCGGCGGUGGUGGCGGCAGCGGUGGAGGUGGCGGUGGUGGUGGAGGCGGCGGCGGUGAUAUGGCAGAGCCUUCUGAGGCUGGUGAUGCACCUCCUGACGAUGGGCCUCCUGGAGAGCUUGGUCCUGAUGGCCCUGAUGGCCCAGAGGAGAAAGGCCGUGAUCGUGACCGGGAACGACGUCGGAGCCACCGUAGUGAGCGGGAGCGGCGCAGGGACCGGGACCGGGACCGGGACCGCGAUCACAAGCGGGGGGAGCGGGGUGGUGAGAGGGGCAGGGAUGAGGCUCGAGGAGGAGGGGGUGGCGGCCAGGACAACGGGCUGGAGGGUCUGGGCAAUGACAGUCGAGACAUGUACAUGGAGUCUGAGGGUGGGGACGGGUACCUUGCUCCAGAGAACGGGUAUUUGAUGGAAGCAGCACCUGAGUGAAGUUUGGACAUGUUCCUACCUGGCCCCUACUGUCAUUCUCUCCCUUAAUCUUGGUCACCUGUUUGUCCUCCAGGGGUAGGAAUUUCUUUAUUUGUUCUGGCCCCUUGGGUUUAAAAAUAAAAUUUCCUGUUGAUGGUGGGCA